AUGGAGACUGCUUCUAUUUCUGUGCUUGACUCCCUCCCUGAUGUAGGAAGAACACAGAAAUUCUGCGAACACUGGAGGCACUUCAUGGCAGCCAGAGGAGACGGGAGGACAUGGCAGACUGGGGACAACACUUCCAACAAACAGAUGGAUGGAAACGCAUGUGGUGUAUUUGUCUUAAUGAAUGCAGAAGCAAUCAUCAAGAAGACCUCAACAAAAGUCAUGAGGCACUGCCAUGUCGGUUACUUCAGGAAGUAUGUGAUAAAGAGACUUUUACAGGAUCCGUCAAGAGCCAAUGAUGCUGCCUGUGAUUUACCUUUUUGUGCAAACACCGACAGACAUCUUCGGAGAAACCAGUGUGAUAGAUGUGACAAGUGGGCUCACCCCAAGUGUUUGGGACUUCAUCAAGACAAGACAAGGUCACCUUGUGUGUUUUGUUAA